AGAACACAAUUAUCUGGGUUGAGCUGAAAAGAAAGGACAAAAAACUCAUUGUAUGUAGAUAACCUUUAUAUUGGUAAUUGAAAAAUUUAUUAUGUUUUCAGCAGUUAUUGUAUCAUAUAUUACCUUGUUUGUAUAAUUUGAAGCUAUCGGGGUAUCACUUGAUCUUUAAUUCGUUUUUUCCUAUCAUUUAGAUACAAUUGACAAAAUCUGCAAUAAUCUGAUAAUAAAUUGGCUGUUUUGUAGUUAACUUGCAUUUGAUAAAUACUUAACGAUUGUAAUAUUGCGUUAUCAUUAUGUUUAUUUCUUUUAAGUUAACAAAUUUCACUUAUUAUCAAUGAAGAAUUGUAAUUUGACAAAGUGCGUCGUAUUUCGUAGAGUUAAAGAAUAUUGAAUUUGAUUCCAUUUUUUUGAUAUAAGAUAGGUAUAUAUCAUUUAAGGUAUAUGCAUUUCAUGUGUAAAUAUUUCUUUUAUCAUAAGAUAUAUUUAUUAUAUAUUUAAUUUUGUGAAUUUUGACUGGAUUUUACCUAAGCUCUCUUUUUUUUUAACCAUGGAUCAUCUCUGACUAGUGUCGCAACUUUCCUAUUUUUUUAACCUUGCACCAAUAUUUGUGAAGCUUCAUUUGCCUUAAAAGUAAUAUUCUACCCUUUGAAAAAGACAAUUCUCUCAUUGUCUACAUACUAAAAGUAAUCAUUGUAAAAAGACAGAGUUUUAUAAACUUAGUUAUUGAUAGUUUACAAAAAAACUACAUGUUUAUAUAAUAACAGGUAACCAUAUCUUUUUUUGAUAUUUCGUUAUCUUAACUAUUUUUAUUGAUAAUGAAUGUUCUUUUGUGUGUUUCUUUUUGUUUUGGUAUCUACCUACCUUUACUACCUUUUUUUGAGGAACUUUUCCACAUGAUGACAAGUGCUGAUGAGCUUUUGAUGCAAGCAUUGAGUGAGUAUGAAUACGCAGACAUCGCCUGGAGAGAUGUGAAAAACGCCAUUUCUUAUUUUAAAGAUUUACGGCCGAGUCAAGACUCGUUUAUUUUGAAUGAUGGAAGUAAAAAAAACCUAUUGAAUUUGGAUGGCACAAUACCUGCUACGUAUAAAGGCACUAUAUACAACAUUCCUAUUUGUGUGUGGAUCAUGAAGACACACCCCUAUAACCCUCCCAUGGUGUUUGUCAAGCCGACCAGUACAAUGCAGAUCAAGGAGGGGAGAAAUGUAGACACUUCCGGGAAAGUAUACCUACCCUACCUACAUGACUGGCGAUAUCCCCAGUCGGACCUGUUUGGACUUCUACAGAUUCUUGCUCUUGUAUUUGGAGAGGAUCCGCCUGUUUUCUCUAAGCAGUCACAUAUGGCUCAGUCCCUAACUCCCAACCCCGGAACCUUCCCACACCGUAUUUCCCUACCCAGAUAUACCCACACAGAGUCCUUCCAACGCUCUCUUCCCUUACCCAGAAAUACCCACACAGAGUCCUCCCCAUGUCCUGUUUCAUCAUCCCAAUAUGCCUACUCAGGACGCAGCCUAUACUCGGGUGCAUCACCACAAUAUACCAACUCCGAGUUAAAGGCGCCCGUAUCAAUGCAAGGGUACAAUUUAGACAUCUUUCGCCAAACUAUGAAAAAAUUUGCACUUGAUGAAUUUGUAAACAUAUUGGUGGAACAUGGCGUUGGUUGCGUGGAGGCGUUUUGUUCAAUGACUGAAUCGGACUUUGAACAGAUGGGACUCGAUAUAGAACAGAGAAGAAAAUGUAUCUUAGCUGCACAGCAAAUAAAAGAUCAUUUCUUCAAUGUGUUGGAAAGUGGACUAAUGUAAUAAUCUCACCUCAAAUUCUCAAUAUUAAACAGCCUCUUGUUGUCUACUCUGUUUAUAUUGUCAUUUUGUUGCUGAUUAUAAAUUAAAAUUCUUACGUGUUAGUAAAAAUACAAAAGAUUUGAAUAACAUCGCAUUAAAUGGGCUCUGCUAAUCA